CCCCGCCCCCCGGGCUCCUCCGUGCCAGUUUGAGGAGUCCGGAGCCGAACAAAAGCAGGCGGCGAGGGCCGGGAGCGGUGCGCGCAGGCCCGGCGGAGGGGGGGGCCCCGCUGCUCGGCCGCGGAGCGGUGCGGGCCGCCAGCCAGCUCCGAGCCCGGCCAGAGGGUGGGGGAAAGUUUGGAGCCCUCCCCCGGAGCGCGGGGGCUCCGCCGCGCUCCGGCCCCGGCAGCCCCGGCGCUGCCAUCGCGGGCGGCCGCCCCGCUCCGCCCCGCCGCGGCCGUUGCUGCCGCCGCCGCCGCCUCCCCGGGCGCAGCCCCUGCCCCGCCGGCCCGCCCGCUGCCUCCCCGGGCGCGGGGCUGAGCUGCCCUGCUUUUGGAGUCGCCGCCGUUUCCCCUCCCUUCCCCGGAACCCCCCCCCCUCUCCCUCCCUCCCUCCCUCCCUCCUCCUCCUCCUCCUCCCUCCUUCCCUCCCUCCCUCCUCCCUCCUCCUCCAGCAGCCAAAGGGAUUUUUUUCCCUCUUUCUUUUCUCUCUCUCUUUUUUUUUUUUUAACAUUUUUCCUUCCUCCUCCUCCUCUUCCUCUCCGCCGCGGAGCCGGGCGCCAGCGUGAAGGAUAAAUAAAAAGCGAAGAGGAAGAGGCUGGGGAGGAGGAGGAGGAGGAGGAGGAGAGGGGGGAGGAAAGAAGAAGAAGAAAGCGAGCAAGAAAAGAAAGCGAGGAGCCAGGCGGCCAGCCCAGCCGCGCCGCUCCCGGCAGCCAGGGCAGGAGGAGGCGGCGGCGGCGGAGCGGGGGCCGGGGGCCGGCGAUGGAUGACCAGCCGCGGCUGAUGCACACGCACAGCGGGGUGGGGAUGCCGGGGCACCCGGGCCUGUCCCAGCACAUGCAGGAUGGACCAGGCGGGGCGGAGGGGGAGGCAGGCAGGAAGCAGGACAUCGGAGACAUCUUACAGCAGAUCAUGACCAUCACGGACCAGAGUUUGGACGAAGCGCAGGCCAGGAAACACGCUUUAAACUGCCACAGGAUGAAGCCAGCCCUCUUUAAUGUCUUGUGUGAAAUCAAAGAAAAAACAGUGCUGAGCAUCCGGGGAGCGCAGGAAGAGGAGCCCACGGACCCCCAGCUGAUGCGGUUAGACAACAUGCUCCUGGCCGAGGGGGUAGCGGGCCCCGAAAAAGGAGGCGGCUCAGCCGCCGCAGCCGCCGCCGCCGCCGCAUCGGGAGGAGCCGGCUCCGACAAUUCGGUGGAGCAUUCCGACUACAGAGCCAAACUCUCCCAGAUCCGGCAGAUCUACCACACGGAGCUGGAGAAGUACGAGCAGGCAUGCAACGAAUUCACCACCCACGUGAUGAACCUGCUGCGUGAGCAGAGCCGGACCCGACCUAUCUCGCCGAAGGAGAUAGAGCGGAUGGUGAGCAUCAUCCACCGCAAGUUCAGCUCCAUCCAAAUGCAGUUGAAGCAAAGCACAUGUGAAGCCGUCAUGAUCUUGCGCUCCCGAUUUCUGGAUGCACGGCGGAAGAGACGAAACUUCAACAAGCAGGCUACGGAAAUCCUGAACGAGUAUUUCUAUUCCCAUCUCAGCAACCCUUACCCCAGUGAGGAAGCCAAAGAAGAGCUAGCCAAGAAAUGCGGCAUCACAGUCUCACAGGUAUCAAACUGGUUUGGAAAUAAGAGAAUCCGGUACAAGAAGAACAUAGGUAAAUUUCAAGAGGAAGCCAAUAUUUAUGCUGCCAAAACGGCUGUCACGGCUACCAAUGUGUCAGCCCAUGGAAGCCAGGCUAACUCACCCUCAACUCCCAAUUCAGCUGGUUCUUCCAGUUCUUUUAACAUGUCAAACUCUGGAGAUUUGUUCAUGAGCGUGCAGUCUCUCAAUGGGGAUUCUUACCAAGGGGCCCAGGUUGGAGCCAACGUGCAGUCACAGGUGGAUACCCUUCGCCAUGUUAUCAGCCAGACAGGAGGAUACAGUGACGGACUCGCAGCAAGUCAGAUGUAUAGUCCGCAGGGCAUCAGUGCUAAUGGAGGUUGGCAAGACGCUACUACCCCGUCGUCAGUGACCUCCCCCACAGAAGGCCCUGGCAGCGUUCACUCUGAUACCUCCAACUGAUCUCCCAGCAAAUUGCAUCCCUGGCUGAGCCGGCCCCGGCGGGGGCGGGAGGGGAGGGGGCCUCUCCUACCACCGCAGCAGUCAGACUGGAGGUGAACCCAAUCAGCACACACAAGAAGACUCCUUCUCUUCUAUUCUCUUCGUCGGGAUGCUUUUUUCAGCCAAUCUGGACACUUCUUUAUACUCUCUUCCCUUUCUUUUCUGGGUAGAAGCCGCUCUCCCCCCACCCCUUGCCGCCGCCACAACACCACUCCCUCCCCUUCCACCCUUUCCCACCGAAGGAUAUGUCAACAGGUAGAAGGAUUUUAAGGAGGAAAAGCAAAAAUCAACCGCCGCCACACGAAACAACCCCAAAGCAGCGUACGGCCUCGCGCUGAGCACCUUUCUGAGGAGCCGCAAAACCUCAGUCACAUCUUGCUCCUUUACUAGCAGGCAGCACCCCUCACCCCCCCCGCCCCGUCUCUCACGCUACCUCUCCGUAGGGAAACGCCACCGCAGCCCCGCUGCCGCCUCGUCUCCACCGGCCGCGGCCGCAGCCAGCGCAUCGCCUCCCCGCGCCCAGCCCUGCCUCGGUGAGCUGUCCCUUGGGCGCUGCCGGUGACGGCACGGGCGGACGCGGCCCCCCCCCUCCACCACGCACGUAGGAGAAGGAGCCGGUGUUGCUGGCCUUUGCUUCCAAAAGGUACCGGCCCGUUCCCCAGCCCCGGGGAAACCGCCGGCACUUCCCAGUCCCUGCCCUGCUCCGGCGCACAUCCUAAAGCUGGAUGAGCCAUGAAACCCCAGCCAUCCUCCUCGCCCGCUGUUGGAGGGGAGGAGAGGAGGGAAGGAAAGGAGGCAGAGGUGGGUGAGAAAUGACCAUCGCUGAUAACGAAGGCGCUGAGCACCUCCGCGGCGCUGUACGGGAUCAGGCGUUGAUGAUUGAUGGGACCCCAGCACCUAGGGAGGCCGGCGGUGGAGGGGUUUUUUUUCUGGCGAGGAGAAUGUCACGGGGUGUUGGCUCGUGUUUUCGGGAGCGUGCCGUGCUGUGGAGGAGGAGGUGGGGUUCCCCAGUGCCGGCAGGACCCACCGAGGUCGGUGGCACCUGCUGCCUUCCCAAAGCCCCGCCAGACAGGCAGCGAGGGACGGGCAGCGGGAUCCGGGAGGCUGGAUGUGGCGGGGCGAGUGCGUCGGGCGCUUUUGGUAACGGUUAAUGCCGCAGGUUUGCUGGAGGGUGAAGGCUCUACAAGACGGGUGGAUGCCCCACUUGGGGAUGUCUUUCAUCUGAAGCUGCUGGUUUUACCGUGGGAGUGGCGCCCCAAGUCGUGGGAACACUCGUGGGAUUUUCUGUCCGGUUUUCCUGGUCCGCUCUUUGGACGACUGGUGACGGGUGGUAAGCGAGGCUUCGUCCUGCUGAAGCACCCCUUCGGGCAGCCGACAACUGGGAGGACAUGGCUUUUGUUGAAAGCGGUACUUGUGGCCACCGGUUCUUCCAGCGCGUGCGAGGAGGCUGAACCAGCCCGCGGCAAGACCCUGGGUGUCGUGGGGACUGGUGUGGGUGCAGCAUGUCUGGCGCCUUGGGAUGGACCCGAAUACCUCUUGGCUGUAUCUCGUGCUCUUGCACGUCCGUGCCCGCCCUGCCCGUGGAGGUGCCAGCCAUCUCGAGAUGGGAACUGCCAGCGCAGAGCAGCGUUAAGCAGGAACCGUUUACAAUUAAAGCUCUGCCAGAAAAAUUUCCACCUUUUUGCUGGAAGAAGGAUGUGCCCACAGCUCUGACACGCUGUCACCUUGCAGUGCGGGGCCAGCAGCGUGACUCGCCUGAAGUGGAGGUGAAGCCUGCCUUUUCCUGGGGAACGAGCCCAGAAGGCUCCAAAACACCCCCCUCUGAAAUUCGUGACCUUCCCCCAAAUACCAAAAGUCCUAAUUCGGUGGAUUUUCUGUUUCCAAGCUGGUGGGAUCAGAGUAGGAUGUGAAAGGUGGGCAAGAAACAGCACAAGCUGCUCCUUCCUUAGUUCUUAGGUCUCUGGCGGCGAGACACUUUGUGCUCCUCCUUUCGCAUCCGUGCCUGGGGAUGGGGACCGUGCUGCAGAGCAUGAUGUGACGUGAGGUCUGGGGCUGCCUCCUGGCUGGGAACGUGUCAAGAGCAACGAGACGGUUGGCUCCCUACGAGACGGUUGGCUCCCUACGAGACGGUUGGCUCCCUACGAGAAGGGUGGCUCCCUACGAGAAGGGUGGCUCCCUACGAGAAGGGUGGCUCCCUACGAGAAGGUUGGCUCCCUACGAGAAGGGUGGCUCCCUACGAGAAGGUUGGCUCCCUACGAGAAGGGUGGCUCCCUACGAGAAGGUUGGCUCCCUACGAGACGGUUGGCUCCCUACGAGAAGGGUGGCUCCCUACGAGAAGGUUGGCUCCCUACGAGAAGGGUGGCUCCCUACGAGAAGGUUGGCUCCCUACGAGAAGGUUGGCUCCCUACGAGAAGGGUGGCUCCCUACGAGAAGGGUGGCUCCCUACGAGAAGGGUGGCUCCCUACGAGAAGGUUGGCUCCCUACGAGAAGGGUGGCUCCCUACGAGAAGGGUGGCUCCCUGCGAGGCCGGUUCGGAGGUGCUGCCCAUCGUCCGGAGCGUGCACCUUCCCGCUCUCCUCCUUCUCCUCCUCCCGUGGCCUCCCCCCGUGCAGCCUUUUAACCAUUUACAGCUUAUUUUCCGUGAAACCGUUCCAGCAAAGCGUUUCAGGGAUGCGGGACUGGCUCAGGUCUGUUCUCCGGAGCGGCAGCGGUGCCGUGCCUACGGGAAUGCCACGGUACCUCUUGGAAACCAACCGGGAACGAGCCGAAACCACCUGCUUACCGGUGCCGGGGCUGCCUUCCCCUGCCCUGCAGCCGCUGCCCCUCCUGCCUGCACCCCCUGCCUGCAGCUGCCUGCACCCCCUGCCCGGGCAGGGCACUCGCUCCUCCACGGUACUUUGCAAAUCACCUCCUGGGUUCCCCGGUUGGUUCCUCCGGUUCGCGUUGGCGUAGCUGCUCGCUUGCCUUUUUCUUUGAGCUUUUUUUUUGUUUUUUUGUUUUUUUUUUUUUUAAUUCUUGGGUUUUGUUUCUCCUCCCCUUACCCCCCUCCCCAACCCCCCGAGUGUUGUGGGGUUUUUUCCCCUCUUCUUUUUUUUUUUUUUUUAAAUUUUUUUUUUCUGCCCAGAAAAACCUGACUUCGAUACCAAAAAAACAAAACAAAACAAAAAAACAAAAAACAAACAAAAAAACCUGCAGAAACUCAAAAAAAAUAAAAACAAAAAAAACCACAAAAAAAACUCGACGAUUCUUUCAGCUUUAUUAACAUUUUCCAUUGUUUCUUGCGAUUUGUGUCUCGUUCUUUGUAGUAUUGAUGAUAAUGAACAUUUGAUAAUGAAUGUUCUUGUAUAUUCAGAUAAAGGAGAAAAAAAAAAAAACAAAACCAAAAACGCAGUCGGAAUUUAAUAGUGUUUAUAAUAAAAGAAUAAAAAAUGACCCUCUUAGCACGCAAAAUUGAACAGGGGGAAGGUCCCGUCCCUGUUCUUUCUGUGGCAACAAGCGCUUCAUUCCUGUAUAGUUUAUAACAUCAAACUACCUACAUUCAUCUUCUUUUUUUUUUUCUGUUUGUUUGUUUUUCCCAUGGUUUGGUUGCAUUUUUAUUUUUUUUUUUUUCCAUUUUCUCGCAUUUGUGAAUUAGUUCAAGAAUGCUAGAAAAGUGUAGAGUUGUGCACACUCAUUUCUUCUUACACAAUGUUUAAAAAAGUGACGGUAAUUCAUUUUGUAAAACUUUAAAAAGAAAAAAAAUGGUUGGAAUAGUGAGCAUUAAUAGGUACAGUCUAACACUUAUGUUUCUUAACGUUGAGACCCAGAAAUUACCUUUUUUUUUGUUUUUUUAAUUUUUUUUUUUUUGGCAUUAUUUGGGAGGGGAGGAGGGCUUUGAUGAUGAUGCUGAGUUUAUUUGGACCUUGCCGAGACGACGGCCUUGCCGCUUCCCCUGCGCUUUUGAGCUGUGACCCAAGUGAUGUGAAAAGUGAGGGUGGCUUUUUUUUUUUGGGGGGGGGGGGGGAAGGAGGGGGAUGUUUCUAUUCUCCCAGGGGGUCCCCACUCAUUUUGACACCCAGAAGAUCCUGGGGGGGCAGCUCUGGGGCUCAGUUCGACCGCAGACCUUGUCGAGGAUGGGGGUGUCACAACCCGGCCCCCAGCCGUGGUGGUGGGACAAAGUGUCCCCCAAAUACAUCCCGAAAUCUCGGUGGCUGCAGAGUGGGGUUGAGGGGAAGUGCCGAGGCAGGUGCCGGUUGGCAUCGCUUUCGUCUGCUCUUAAAAUAUUUUUCCUGCUUCACAUCCCCCCCCCCCCCCCAAAAAAAAACCCAAACCCUGAGCUUUUCACAUCACCAAACAGUUUAGGGGUUGGGGUGUUAUUUUUAAUCCCAAGGUUUCCUGGAGUCCUUUUCGCACACCUUCAUUAUUAUUAAGAUGAUGUAAAUCAGACGUUGCCGGGGGGGGGGUUGGUUUUGUCGGUUUGCUUUUUUUGUCCUUGCAAAGCCCUUUCUAUCCCUUGUAAAGAUGAUCCAGUUGUUCUGAGUUGCUUUUUCUUUUCUAUUUUUUUCCCCUCAUCUUUUUUUUUUUGUCUCUUCCUAAUGGAUUCCAAAUAUUAAAAAAGAAAAACCCUAAAAAAAAAAAAAAAGACUCUCUGUUCCGACCUGGUUUUGAAACUUUAAGCUUUUCUGCUUCUGUAAAGAAAAAAAAAAAAAAAAAGGCCUCUGUCUUUCUGAUCCCAAUUGAGACUUUUAUGUUCUAUGAC